AUGGAGCAGCUCCGGUCCAUGUUCAUCAGGUCUCCCUGCUCCUCCUCUGCCACCGGGAAGGAAGAGGCUGAAGAGAGGGACAGGGCGGUGCAGCAGCAGCCGCCACAGCAUCCAGCCCCCUCUAACCUGUUCUGGACCGCCGUCUUCGACUACGAGGCGAGCGCAGAGGACGAGCUCAGCCUGCGCAAGGGGGACGUGGUGGAGGUGCUCUCCAAGGAUUUCAAAGUCUCUGGAGAUGAAGGCUGGUGGACAGGCAAAAUCAAUGACCAGGUUGGCAUCUUUCCCAGCAACUAUGUCACCAAUGCCCCAUGUUACAGUAAGUUGCAAGGUCAGAGCACGGAACACUACCCUCUGCCACUGGAAAUGGACUUUAAUGAGCUGCAGCUGGAGGAGAUUAUUGGUGUCGGUGGCUUUGGAAAAGUCUACAGGGGCAUCUGGAGGUCAGAGGAGGUAGCUGUUAAAGCAGCUCGGCAGGACCCAGAUGAGGAUAUUAGUCAGACCAUUGAGAAUGUUAAGCAAGAAGCAAAACUGUUUGCUAUGCUGAAGCACCCUAACAUCAUAGCCUUAAAAGGGAUUUGUCUGAAAGAGCCCAAUCUUUGCUUAAUCAUGGAGUUUGCCCGUGGAGGCUCCUUAAAUAGAGUGUUAUCGGGCAAGAAGAUACCACCUCAUAUUCUUGUCAACUGGGCAGUACAGAUUGCAAGGGGCAUGAAUUACUUGCACGAAGAAGCAAUUGUUCCUAUUAUUCAUCGGGACCUCAAGUCUAGUAACAUUUUGAUACACGAGAAGGUGGAAAAUGAGAGCCUUAGUAACAAGACUCUGAAAAUCACAGACUUCGGCCUGGCACGAGAGUGGCACAAGACUACCAAGAUGAGUGCUGCGGGGACCUAUGCCUGGAUGGCACCAGAAGUCAUCCGAUCCUCCAUGUUCUCCAAGAGCAGCGACAUCUGGAGCUACGGUGUGUUGCUGUGGGAACUACUGACUGGGGAAGUUCCAUUCAGGGGGAUUGAUGGACUGGCUGUGGCCUAUGGGGUGGCUAUGAACAAAUUGUCCCUUCCUAUUCCUUCAACCUGCCCGGAACUAUUCAGCAAACUCAUGGAAGAUUGCUGGAACACAGAUCCGCACUCCCGCCCCUCGUUCAGCUGUAUUCUGGACCAACUCACCGCCAUCGAGGAGUCAGGCUUUUUUGAAAUGCCGCAGGAUUCAUUUCACUCCUUGCAAGAAGAGUGGAAACAGGAGAUCCAGGAAAUGUUCGAACAACUCCGGGAAAAGGAGAAGGAAUUACGCACCUGGGAGGAGGAGCUGUCCCGCGCUGCCCUGCAGCAGAAGAACCACGAGGAGGUGUUGCGACGGCGGGAGCAGGAGCUGGCUGAGCGGGAGAUUGACAUUCUGGAACGGGAGCUCAACAUCAUCUUCCACCAGCUCCACCAGGAGAAGCCCAAGGUGAAGAAACGCAAAGGCAACUUCAAGAAGAGCAGGCUCAAGCUCAAGGAUGGCAACCGCAUCAGUCUGCCCUCUGAUUUCCAGCAUAAGAUCACCGUGCAGGCCUCCCCCACUCUGGAUAAGAGGAAGAGUCUGAUCAGCAGCAAGUCAAGUCCUCCAGCAAGUCCUACCAUCAUCCCGAGACUCAGGGCAAUCCAGCUAACACCAGGUGAAAGCAAUAAGACCUGGGGUCGCAGUUCAGUGUUUCAGCGAGAAGAAUGUGAUGAGGAAGAAAAGAAAGGACAGAAAAAGAAGGGCUGGACGUGGGGCCCCAGUUCUUUACAUCAAAAGGAUCUUACUGGUGGGGAAGAUAGCCUUAAACAUCUAAUUGAUGGAAACAAGCAGUGGUCCUCCAGUGCUCCCAAUCUGGGGAAAAACCAUCGACCCAUUCCUACUGUCCCAGAGUUUGCCAGCCUCAUUGAAAUAGAGCAUGAAGAUGGUGACACCAUUGUUGAUUUUGAUGUGACACUACAACAACCUGCUUUACACAACCAAGCCUACCUCUCUUUACCAUUUGACAGAAAUGAUGGGGAGGGUGCUGUUAGUGACAAUAAUGAGGAUCCUACUCCAGUAAACUCAGCUACUAGCACCCCACAGCAUACUCCCACCAACAGUAUAAAACGAGGCUCACAAAGGAAGAAGUGUGAUUUUGUCUUCCUGGGUUGUGGGGCUGUCCUAGCAGCAGUGGCUUUGGGAUUAGAUUUGCUUGAAUUGGGAAAAUGUCAGAUUUUGCAAGAUGAUGUUGAACCAAAGGAAGAGAAGAAAAAGAAGGAAGGCAUUUUCCAGCGCACCAGCCGACUGCGGAGGAGCACCAGUCCUCCUUCUAGAAAGCUCUUCAAGAAUGACGAAGCAGUCAUUUCCUCCUUUGAUCCAUCUUCCUCGUUGACAUUGCUCUCAUUGUCUUCCAUUUCUGAAUGCAACUCCACAAGAUCUUUGUUACGUUCAGACAGUGAUGAAAUGGUGGUGUACGAAAUGCCUACAACCCCAAGUUUGAUCAAUGAGAGCUCCAAGUUUAUUACCAAUCAUCCUUUGGUUGAUAUAACCAUUGAGCGCUUCAAACGUGACCCUAAACAAUCAUUGACUCCAACUCAUGUGACAAAAACCACUACCACAGUGCACUGGGGUCACAGGCGAACUCCUUCUGAUGGCGCAAUUAAGCAAAUUCCCCAGACUCCAAGCUGCAUGCCAUCCAAUGGUAAAAGUCCAAGCCCCAACAGGGAUCCAACGGAGGUUCCGCGCUUGCCUGACCCCAAUCUGGUUUUUCCACCGACUCCGAGACGGAGGAACACAAAGCAGGAUUUCACAUUAGAAAGACCCAAAACAUUGGAAUUUGUACCAAGGCCACGUCCAUCUGCAAACCGUCAGCGGUUAGACCCGUGGUGGUUUGUCUCGCCCAGCAAAACAUGCAGUAAUUCCCCAGUCAAUACUUCAAGCACUGAAACACCAUCCAACCUGGACUCCUGCCUCAGCAGCAGUGGCACUGUGGAGGAUAGGCCGGGGCUCCCCCUCUUUUUGCCUUAUAGGCAAGGACUCGGUAGCUACGAGCGGACAUUAUUAGACACAGAUGUGGAAGGUCAGAGUCAGGAUGGGACGCUUCCACUGUGCGGAGCAGAGAUGAAUCCACGCAAGGCAACAGCCUAUGAGCUACAGCACAAUUUCUGGUCAUAG